AACCGUGGGCAGCCCCGGCCCCGGCCCCGGUUCCGGCGCGGGGAUGGACGGCCCCGGGGCCAGCGCCGUGGUCGUGCGCGUCGGCAUCCCGGACCUGCAGCAGACGAAGUGCUUGCGCCUGGACCCGGCCGCGCCCGUGUGGGCCGCCAAGCAGCGCGUGCUCUGCGCCCUCAACCACAGUCUUCAGGACGCGCUCAACUAUGGGCUUUUCCAGCCGCCCUCCAGGGGCCGUGCCGGCAAGUUCCUGGAUGAGGAGCGGCUCCUGCAGGAGUACCCGCCCAACCUGGACACGCCCCUGCCCUACCUGGAGUUUCGCUACAAGCGUCGAGUUUAUGCCCAGAACCUCAUUGAUGAUAAGCAGUUUGCAAAGCUUCACACAAAGGCAAAUCUGAAGAAGUUCAUGGACUAUGUGCAGUUACACAGCACGGACAAGGUGGCCCGCCUGCUAGACAAGGGGCUGGACCCUAAUUUCCAUGACCCUGACUCUGGAGAGUGCCCUCUGAGCCUCGCAGCCCAGCUGGACAAUGCCACAGACCUGCUGAAGGUUUUGAGGAAUGGUGGUGCCCACCUGGACUUCCGUACUCGAGACGGGCUGACUGCUGUGCACUGUGCCACACGACAGCGGAAUGCAGCAGCGCUGACGACCCUGCUGGACCUGGGGGCUUCACCUGACUACAAGGACAGCCGUGGCCUGACACCUCUGUACCACAGCGCCCUGGGGGGUGGGGAUGCCCUCUGCUGUGAGCUGCUUCUUCACGACCAUGCUCAGCUGGGGACCACUGAUGAGAAUGGCUGGCAGGAGAUCCACCAGGCCUGCCGUUUUGGGCAUGUACAGCACCUGGAGCACCUGCUGUUCUAUGGAGCUGAUAUGGGGGCUCAGAACGCCUCGGGGAACACGGCCCUGCACAUCUGCGCCCUCUACAACCAGGAGAGCUGUGCUCGUGUCCUGCUUUUCCGUGGAGCCAACAAAGAUGUCCGCAAUUACAACAGCCAGACGGCCUUCCAGGUGGCCAUCAUUGCAGGGAAUUUUGAGCUCGCUGAAGUCAUCAAGAACCACAAGGACUCAGAUAUUGUACCAUUCAGGGAAACCCCCAGCUACGCAAAGCGGCGGCGUCUGGCUGGCCCCAGUGGCUUGGCAUCCCCUCGGCCUCUGCAACGCUCAGCCAGUGACAUCAAUCUGAAGGGGGAGGCACAGCCAGCAGCUUCUCCUGGACCCUCGCUGAGAAGCCUCCCCCACCAGCUGCUGCUCCAGCGACUGCAGGAGGAGAAAGAUCGUGACCGGGAUGGCAACCAGGAAAAUGACAUUGGUGGUGGCCCCUUAUCAGGCAGAGGCAGCCAGAGCAAGAUCAGUCCAGGCGGGGGUGGAGGGGCGGGCAGCGUGGGAGGGAAGAGGGGGCCGGCCAGCCCUGCGUCCCCGGCCCCGCCGCCUCGGGGCCCGAAGCGGAAACUUUACAGUGCAGUCCCCGGUCGUAAGUUCAUCGCUGUGAAGGCGCACAACCCGCAGGGCGAGGGCGAGAUCCCACUGCACCGCGGCGAGGCCGUGAAGGUGCUCAGCAUUGGGGAGGGCGGUUUCUGGGAGGGAACCGUGAAGGGCCGUACAGGCUGGUUCCCGGCUGACUGCGUGGAGGAAGUGCAGAUGAGACAAUAUGACACACGACAUGAGACCCGGGAGGACCGGACGAAGAGGCUUUUUCGCCACUACACAGUGGGCUCCUAUGACAGCCUCACGUCACACAGUGAUUAUGUCAUUGAUGACAAGGUGGCUGUCCUGCAGAAACGGGACCACGAAGGCUUUGGCUUUGUGCUCCGGGGAGCCAAAGCAGAGACCCCCAUUGAGGAGUUCACACCCACACCGGCCUUUCCGGCACUGCAGUACCUGGAGUCUGUGGACGUGGAGGGUGUCGCCUGGAGGGCGGGGCUGCGCACUGGAGACUUCCUCAUUGAGGUGAAUGGAGUGAACGUGGUGAAAGUUGGACACAAGCAAGUGGUGGCUCUGAUUCGCCAGGGUGGCAACCGCCUUGUCAUGAAGGUUGUGUCUGUGACAAGGAAGCCAGAAGAGGAUGGGGCUCGGCGCAGAGCCCCGCCACCCCCCAAGAGGGCCCCCAGCACCACACUGACCCUGCGUUCCAAGUCCAUGACAGCUGAGCUUGAGGAACUUGAGAAGUUGGAUGAAAUCCUGGCAGCUGCUGCAGAGCCAACGCUGAGGCCAGACAUUGCAGACGCCGACUCCAGAGCUGCCACUGUCAAACAACGGCCCACCAGUCGGAGGAUCACCCCUGCUGAGAUAAGCUCAUUGUUUGAGCGCCAGGGUCUCGCCGGCCCAGAGAAGCUGCCCGGCUCCUUGCGGAAGGGGAUUCCACGGACCAAGUCUGUAGGGGAGGACGAAAAACUGGCGUCCUUACUGGAAGGGCGCUUUCCACGGAGCACAUCGAUGCAAGACACAGUGCGUGAGGGCCGUGGCAUUCCGCCCCCGCCACAGACCGCGCCACCACCCCCGCCCGCACCCUACUAUUUCGACUCAGGGCCGCCCCCGGCCUUCUCGCCACCGCCACCGCCGGGCCGUGCCUAUGACACGGUGCGCUCCAGCUUUAAGCCGGGUCUGGAGGCCCGCCUAGGUGCAGGAGCCGCUGGCCUGUACGAACCAGGCGCACCCCUUGGCCCAUUGCCCUAUCCUGAGCGGCAGAAGCGCGCACGCUCCAUGAUCAUCCUACAGGACUCUGCUCCCGAGACCGGUGAUGCCCCUCGGCCCCCGCCCGCAGCCACUCCGCCGGAACGACCCAAGCGCCGGCCCCGGCCUCCGGGCCCUGACAGCCCAUACGCUAACCUGGGCGCCUUCAGUGCCAGCAUCUUCGCACCCUCCAAACCGCAGCGCCGCAAGAGCCCACUGGUGAAGCAGCUGCAAGUGGAGGAUGCGCAGGAGCGCGCGGCUCUGGCUGUGGGUAGUCCUGGCCCCGCUGGCGGCAGCUUCGCCCGUGAGCCUUCCCCGACACACCGCAGCCCCCGCCCUGGUGGCCUCGAUUACAGCACAGGGGAUGGCCCAGGGCUUUCGUUUGGUGGACCAGGUCCUGGCAAGGACCGGCGGCUGGAGGAGCGACGGCGGUCCACUGUGUUCUUGUCUGUGGGAGCCAUCGAGGGCAGUCCUCCCACUGCAGACCUGCCAUCCCUGCAGCCUUCCCGCUCCAUCGAUGAGCGCCUCCUGGGGGCCAGCCCCACCGCUGGCCGAGAUCUGCUGUUACCCUCCCCUGUCUCUGCUCUGAAGCCAUUGGUCAGCAGCCCCAGCCUUGGGCCCUCAGGCUCCACCUUCAUCCACCCACUCACCGGCAAACCCCUGGACCCCAGCUCACCCCUAGCCCUUGCCCUGGCUGCCCGAGAGCGGGCUCUGGCCUCCCAGACGCCUUCCCGGUCCCCUACACCUGUGCAUAGCCCUGAUGCUGACCGCCCCGGACCCCUGUUUGUGGAUGUACAGGCCCGGGACUCGGAGCGUGGGGCCCUGGCCUCCCCAGCCUUCUCCCCCCGGAGCCCGGCCUGGAUUCCUGUACCUGCUCGCAGGGAGGCAGAGAAGACUCCCCGGGAGGAGCGCAAGUCACCUGAGGACAAGAAGUCCAUGAUCCUCAGUGUCCUGGACACAUCCCUGCAACGACCUGCUGGCCUCAUUGUUGUGCAUGCCACCAGCAAUGGGCAGGAGCCCAGCAGGCUGGGGGCUGAAGAGGAGCGCCCGGGGACCCCGGAGCUGGCCCCAGCCCCCAUGCAGUCAGCAGCAGUGGCAACCGAGCCCCUGCCCAGCCCCCGGGCUCAGCCUCCAGGCAGCACCCCAGCAGAUUCUGGGCCAGGCCAGGGCAGCUCAGAGGAAGAGCCGGAGCUGGUGUUCGCUGUGAACCUGCCACCUGCCCAGCUGUCCUCCAGUGAUGAGGAGACUAGGGAAGAGCUGGCCCGCAUUGGGCUGGUGCCACCCCCUGAAGAGUUUGCCAAUGGGAUCCUGCUGGCCACCCCACUCACUGGCCCGGGCCCCUCGCCCACCACGGUACCCAGCCCGGCCUCAGGGAAGCCCAGCAGUGAGCCACCCCCUGCCCCAGAGUCUGCAGCUGACUCUGGGGUGGAGGAAGCUGACACACGCAGCUCCAGUGACCCCCAUCUGGAGACCACAAGCACCAUCUCCACAGUGUCCAGCAUGUCCACCCUGAGCUCGGAGAGUGGGGAGCUCACUGAUACCCACACCUCCUUUGCUGAUGGACACACUUUUCUACUCGAGAAGCCACCAGUGCCUCCCAAGCCCAAGCUCAAGUCCCCGCUGGGGAAGGGGCCGGUGACCUUCAGGGACCCACUGCUAAAGCAGUCCUCGGACAGCGAGCUUAUGGCCCAGCAGCACCACGCCGCCUCUGCUGGGCUGGCCUCUGCCGUCGGGCCUGCCCGCCCUCGCUACCUCUUCCAGAGAAGGUCCAAGCUGUGGGGGGACCCCGUGGAGAGCCGGGGGCUCCCUGGGCCUGAAGACGACAAACCAACUGUGAUCAGUGAGCUCAGCUCUCGCCUGCAGCAGCUGAACAAAGACACACGCUCCCUGGGGGAGGAACCAGUUGGUGGCCUGGGUGGCCUGCUAGACCCUGCCAAGAAGUCACCCAUCGCAGCAGCUCGGCUCUUCAGCAGCCUCAGUGAGCUGAGCUCCAUCUCAGCGCAGCGCAGCCCCGGGGGCCCGGGCAGCGGGGCCUCCUACUCCGUGAGGCCUAGCGGCCGCUACCCCAUAACACGACGCGCCCCGAGUCCGGUGAAGCCCGCGUCGCUGGAGCGGGUGGAGGGGCUGGGGGCGGGUGCGGGGGGCGCGGGGCGGCCCUUUGGCCUCACGCCCCCCACCAUCCUCAAGUCGUCCAGCCUCUCCAUCCCGCACGAGCCCAAGGAGGUGCGCUUCGUGGUGCGCAGCGUGAGUGCGCGCAGCCGCUCUCCCUCGCCGUCACCGCUGCCCUCGCCUGCGUCGGGCCCUGGCCCCAGCGCCCCUGGCCCGCGCCGGCCCUUCCAGCAGAAGCCGCUGCAGCUAUGGAGCAAGUUCGAUGUUGGCGACUGGCUGGAGAGCAUCCACCUAGGCGAGCACCGCGAUCGCUUCGAGGACCACGAGAUAGAAGGCGCGCACCUACCCGCACUCACCAAGGACGACUUCGUGGAGCUGGGCGUCACGCGCGUGGGCCACCGCAUGAACAUCGAGCGCGCGCUCAGGCAGCUGGAAGGCAGCUGACGCCCCACCCCCACUCCACCCCGGCCGCGCCCUGCCGGCAGGGCCUCCCAUCCCCACCCCGGGCCGCGGGCUCGGCCCGCCCCCUACGACGGCGCCCCGGCCAGGAAUGUUGCAUGAAUCGUCCUGUUUGCUGUUGCUCGGAGACUUGCCCUGUACAUUGCUUAGUGCCCUCCCCGGCUGCCCAGCCCCACCCAGCACAAAGGAAGGGCGUGGACCAGGGAGGCUGGGGCGGGAGGGGGCCAGGGGGGUGCUCUAGCCUGACCACCUCGUCACAGCUCCCGGUGGCCAUUCUCCUAGAGGGGGAACCUAGUCCAGCAUGCGAGGUCAGGACACGCCUUGGUGACUCGGGGGGUGGGGGGAGACAUUGGGGUUCUCGAUGGGGGCCAAGGAGCCCCCUGUUUUGCAUAUUUUAAUCCACUCUCUAUUUGGAACGAGAAAAGGAACAAAUAUCUCUGUCCGUAAUAGUUUCUGCUCCCCUCCCUUUACUCCUCCUGCCUGUCCUAUUGCAGCUGCCCAGUCUUCCAUCUCUGGCCCCUCACUGCCACUGCCACCCCACACUGGGCAGGGGAUGCUCCAGCUGGUCUGGGGUUGGCCAGGGUCCUAGUGGCCUGCCCUGGGGGCCCAGUUGGGCCCCCGCCCCUCGCUGAGCUCUAGUGUGCCCCACCGACCUUUUAGGUGCUGCUUGUGGGGGGAAGGGCAGCAGGCAGCAGGUCCUGCUGGGGGCUAGCAGGACCAGGGGCCUGGGAGGCCGUCACCCUGCAGCUGGGGGCAGGGCCCUGAUGCUCUGCUGCAGCCAUGUUCCUCACAGGGUCUCUGGUCUGAGAGGGGUCUGGUCUGGUCCCCAUGUUCUUGGGCAACUACAGCAGAGAAGCCUCCCUGCCUUGGACCCCAAAGCCUCCUGUUCCUGCCCUGUGUGGGGUGUGAUUCUGGGUGCGAUUGAGCUGUGUGUAUUCCUGAUGGUGGAGUGGCCCUGGGGCUGCUCUGGACCAUCAUGGGGCUGUGGAGGCUCGGUGUGUGCAUGGGUGUGUGCCUGUGACAGCACCCUGUCUCCUCUUCCAAAGAAAGUCAGAGGCCACUUGCCACCUGGGACCUGCUGUUUGCCUGCCCCUUCAGAGCUUCACCUAGCCCAAGCAGGGUCCCAGGUGAAUCCCUGCUGCUUGGAGAGGCCCCAGGGGCCCCUUGGAGGCACUGCCCACCUUGGGCUUCUGAUGGGGCCAUAGGGGAACCCCUAGAAAUCAGGCCACCUCAGGCCCUGGGGGAGAGUCAAAGACCCCGAGGUUGCCCAGCCCCCCUUACUGUGACUCCUCACACUCAGCAAUGACCUGUGGGGUGGGGGGCCCUGGGAUGUUUUUAAACCUAGGGUUUGGAGUCUGGAUUAAGCUCCAUCCACGUCACUCACAAGUUUCUGUUUAUAUUUCUAGCUUUUUUUAAUAAAAGAAAAAAAAAAAAGAAAACAAGUUUUCACAGCCCAGGGGCCUGGCAUGCCGGUCUGUGCCCGCCCCUCCCUAGCCUACCGGCCCCAUUCCCUGGGCGCAGACACCCCCCCACCCAUCCACUCACCAAUAGUCCAGGUUACUCAGCAGCAGUCAAUGUAAUGACUGCCACAUACACACUCGGUCUCACCCUCACCUGUGGGUUUUUGGUUCCGUUCAAUUUGGGUUUUUAACUUUACAGGGUCAGUUCUGCUUCACCCCUCCUUUUGUAUGGAGUUCCACUGGGGGAUUUAACCCCCUGCUCCAGUCCUGAGGCCUCCUGACCCUGACGUUGUGAUACACCCCACAGAGAUCUAUGUUUCUUAUAUUAUUAUUAUUGAUAAUAAUUAUUACAAUAAUAUUAUUAUGUAAUAAAUUUAUAAGAAAUGAAA